AUGGAAGUAAAACAAGAAUUUAGUGAAAACACACUUAAAGCAGAAGUAGAUAUAUAUUAUAAUAAGGUGGAUGAUGCUCUUUUAGAUGGCUUUAAAACUGAAAUCAAAGAGGAGUCUAAUAUAGAUACACAUGAUGAAUUUGAUUAUUUGGACCUAAAGGAAUUUCCCAUAAAGACUGAAUUAGAUCCUGAGAAUAAACUUGUUUCAUUUGAAGAAAAGCAAACAAUGAAAAUGGUAAGCUGGUAA